AUGCCCGUCACCAAGCUUCCCUUCCACGCAGAUCACAUUGGAUCACUGAUCCGCCCAGCAACAGUUUCGGAGGCGCAGGAAAAGGCCGAUGCAGGCCAGAUCUCGCAAGAGGAGUUGAGAGAGGUGCAGAGGAAAGAGAUUGCGGAUAUUGUGAAGAAGCAGCAGGACCAUAAUGUUCGUGCCUUGUGCUCGGGAGAGUUCGACAGGAAGUACUAUUUCUCUGGCUUCUUUGAGAAGCUCGAUGGCUUCAAGGAGGUCAGCCCGGUGCCAUGGGACCUGGCCAGACUUUCGGCGGCACCGAUCGCUGCGUUGAAGAAGGCCGGCAAGCAGUACCCGAUGGCUGCGAUUUGUGAGGGCAAGAUCAAGUACUCGAAGAGCCCGUACUUGGACAACUGGAAGCUGUUGAGGCAUCAGCUUCCUCAGGAGCAAUGGGGACAGGCCAAGUUCACUAUGCCACCUCCAUGCUACUUUCACCUUCGAUUAGUACCAGGAAAGUGCUAUCCAAAGGAAGUGUAUGCCACCGAAGCGGAGUUCUUCGAUGACCUGGCUGCAGCGUACAGGCAAGAGUUCAAGACUUUGUACAACGAAGGUCUGAGGAACAUUCAGAUCGAUGACCCGACUCUUGCAUACUUCUGCUCGGAUGACAUGCUGAAGGGUCUUCGUGAGGAUGGCGAGGAUACUGAAAAGUUGUUCGAUCUGUACCUCAAGGCACACAACGACUGCAUCGCCGAUCGUCCAGAUGACCUUCACGUCGGUCUGCACAUCUGCAGAGGUAACUUCUCCAAGUCUAUGCACUUUAGCGAGGGAUCAUAUGAAAAGAUCGCCGAGCGCUUCUUCAAGACCCUCAACUACGACACCUUCUACCUCGAGUACGACAACCCACGAUCCGGUGGCUUCGAGCCCCUCCGAUUCCUCCCGAAGCACAAGAACGUCGUACUUGGUGUCGUGACCACCAAAGACCCACAGCUAGAGGACCAGAACCUGAUCAAGAGCCGUGUGCAGGAGGCUGCGCAGAUCAUCGCCAAAGGUCAAGGACGUAGUGUGGAGGAGGCGAUGGAGAACAUUGGUAUCAGCCCACAGUGUGGCUUCGCGAGUGUCGCUAUUGGAGCGGAUGGCAUGACGGAGGAGAAGAUGUUUGCUAAGCUGAAGUUGGUGCAAGACGUGGCUAAAGACCUUUGGCCCGAUCGACCUUGA